AAAAAUUAAAUAACUUAAAAACAAAAGCUCAACGCAAUUCUGCGAAAAAGAGAGCUUCGAUCAAACGGAAAUGGGACGAAAAAAGCUUCUUUGAUUCAUCGUCUCAAAUUCUCCAAUUCCUCGUAAAAUAAAAUCAAAACAACAUCAUAAAAAAAAUUCAAUAUUUUUUCUCUAAUUAUUAAUACAAUCCAAAAUGUCUAUCAACAUGAAAACCCUAACACAAGCCCUCGCCAAAACCGCUGCUGUGAUUGAAAAAACCGUACAAACAACUGUACAGGAGGUAACUGGACCGAAACCUCUCCAAGAUUACGAGCUUAUUGACCAGAUCGGGUCAGCGGGACCCAGUCUCGCCUGGAAACUCUACUCUGCCAAGGCGCGUGAUACUACACGCGCGCAGCAGUAUCCUAUUGUAUGUGUUUGGGUGCUGGACAAGCGCGCGCUGUCGGAGGCAAGGGUGCGUGCAGGAUUGUCGAAGGCGGCGGAGGACGCGUUUCUGGAUCUGGCUCGUGCGGACGCGGGAAGACUGGUCAGGCUUCGGCAUCCGGGAGUUGUACACGUGAUUCAGGCAAUGGAGGAGAGUAAGAAUGCGAUGGCGAUGGUGACAGAGCCGCUGUUCGCGUCGGUGGCAAACGCUUUGGGGAAUUUGGAGAAUUUUGAGAAUGUGACGAAAGCGCCGAAGGAGCUUAAGGGAUUGAAAAUGAGUUUGUUGGAAAUGAAGCAUGGCUUAAUCCAGAUUGCAGAAUCCUUGGAUUUUCUCCAUUGCAAUGCUCGUCUCAUUCACCGAGCUAUAUCACCUGAGGUUAUUUCUUCACUUUAUACAUGUUUUCAUCAUUAAAAAGUUGCAACAACU